AUGCUUUUAUAUAUGGGAUCAAUUUCAUUGACUCAACAACUAGACUAUUACUCUUUGGUGCAUGACCAAUUGGUUCAACAACUAGGCUCAACUCCUGCCCAAACCCACUUGGCUAAUUCCCUGUUUUUAGUCGUGAUUGGAAGCAAUGAUCUCCUUGAUUACUUCAACAAAGACUCUAAUGUGUCAAAAAAAUACACCCCAUCACAGUAUGUUCAUCUCAUGGCCUCCACCCUCAAACAAUUUAUAAAGAGACUUUACGGGCUAGGAGCGCGUAAAUUUGUGGUAAUUGGAGUUGGAGUGAUUGGUUGUUGCCCGGAACAAAGGAUGCAGAACAAUGACACCAGUCGAUGCAAUGAGGAAGCAAAUUAUUGGUCAACCAAGUACAACAUUCGCCUUAAGAGUUUGCUAAAGGAGCUAAAGCUAGAAUCACAUGAUCUCACCCAUUCUUACUUUGCCACAUACCGUGCCAUGAAUGCCCUCAUCCGAGAUCCUCAGAGUUAUGGAAUUGUGGAGAUAAAAGAAGCUUGUUGCGGACUUGGUACCUUGAAUGCCGACAUGCCUUGUUUGCCGAUUUCUAAUGUUUGCUCCAACAGAAGCGACUAUCUUUUCUGGGAUCUCUACCAUCCAACGGAAAUGGUGUCUCAUAUGUUUGCUGACCUUAUAUACCAGGGAUCACCACGAUUCACACUCCCAGUGAAUGUAGAACACCUUGUUCAUAUGUGAGGCAACCAAGGAGCUACUAAGAGGCUGUAUACUCACAACCUAUGACGUCUUAAUUUUGUUUAAUUAGUUUGUC